UCCUGCUCCAGGCAGAGGAGCAGCUCUUUGUCAGCUGGUCUCUUAGACCAGUAACUUUCGUCAGCUAUCUUAAAAGAUAAGUUAACUUGGAGCGCCAAUGACCAAUGAGGAUCCUAAGCAUGGAUGAAGUGAUGUUUCUGGUUCCAUAAGUCGAGGCGGAGAGACUUUGACAGUUAAGAUGAAAGGAAGAGUUUUACUUUCUUUAGCCUGCUAGCUAAUGCUAGCUAUUUGUCUGGAGGAAUUACCGACAUUGCUACUACUAGGGAGAUGUCUCUGCGACAGACUUACCGCCGCGCGACAGCCAGCAUAAAGCAGGAGCAGGAGGACGACUCGGACACGGAGGACUCCCACCUGGGGCUUCUGAAAGUAGAAGGGCUGGAAUCCCAGAUCAUCCACAGCGGACACUUCAUGGUGUCUUGGCCCCACAGCGAGCACCCCCCGAAGAAAGGCUACGACUUUGACACUGUCAACAAACAGACCUGUCAGACGUAUCACUUCGGCAAGACGAGCACGUCGCACCUCUCCAUAGACGCGUCCCUCACUAAGCUCUUCGAGUGCAUGACCCUUGCUUAUAGUGGCAAACUUGUGUCUCCUAAAUGGAAGAACUUUAAAGGUCUAAAGCUGUUAUGGAGAGACAAGAUUCGCCUCAACAAUGCCAUAUGGAGAGCCUGGUACAUGCAGUAUGUGGAGAAAAGAGAAAAUCCGGUUUGUCACUUUGUAACGCCUCUGGAUGGAAAUAUGCACUUAGACGUUCACCGAGCUGCAGAGACUGUUGCCAGUGAUGGAAGGUGUUGGAAAAGAAGAAUAGAAAUCGUCAUUAGAGAAUACCACAAGUGGAGAACAUACUUUAAGAAAAGGCUUCAUAAACACAAAGAUGAGGACCUCUCAAGCCUACUUACGGGGCCAGAGGAGCAGUUGUCGCUGUUUGGGGAAAUCUCUCCAGACGUGCUGCGUGUCUCCUUUUGUCAGGAUGAAGAGAGUGUCGCACGCCGUCUGCCUCGAAAGCACAAUGAAACGCCCGCCCCGAUGGAGAUGGACCCCCUCUUUGACAUGGAUGUUUUAAUGUCCGAGUUUUCAGACACCUUGUUUUCCACGCUGGCCUCUCACCAGCCUCUAGCCUGGCCCAAUCCCAGAGAAAUCGCUCAUGCAGGGAAUGCAGACAUGAUCCAGCCGGGACUCAUCCCUUUACAACCCAACCUGGACUUCAUGGACUCCUGUGAUCCUCUACAAGACUUAUUUCACAGCCUCCGUCAGCCCGCCUUCCCCUCUGUUUUCCCCACUUCAACAUCUGUCACCCCUCUACCCAGCAGCAGCGCUCAGUCACAGGCCUCAUUGAUGCCCCCUUUGAAUCUCUCAGUCAAUCAUCCUUCUGGCUCCCUCCCCAUGUCCUCCUCCAUGGCCACCCAGAGAUCUGAAACCAGUGUGGUUGGAUACGAUCAAAACUGCAUGCCUUUGUUCGCUAGGCCAGUGGCAUCCAGCGAUCAGUCAGGGGUUUCAUCUGAGUCCCUGUCCCGUGAACCUCUGGUGCAGUGCCUUCAGGGUCAGAACUUAGCCUCAGCUGCAACCAUUGUGCCUUCACCUCUGAACAACCCCCCCUCUUUGGACGAGAACGUAACUUCAUCUGUGAGAACACACACGGCCCCUUCUACCGUAACGUCCAGCAAUGUCACCACCACCACCACCAUCAGCCACAUCUCGGAUUAUAGCUCCAUAUCCACACAGCCUCCACUUCUCCAAUCCCAACUACAACCUUUGGCUUCACUGACCAGCGGCCCCGUCCAGCAGCAGCAGCAGUCUUUUGCUCUGCCUCACCCUCUUCAGUCAAACAGUGCCAUCAAAGUAAGACGUCGGCAGAAGAUUGCACCUUCGCCUCACCUCAUUUUCACAGCUCCUUUUCCUGGUCAUGCCAGCGCAGUACUUGUCACCCCCUCAAACCUGAAACCAGAUGUGGUCUCCGCAAACAAUAGUCUGGUUAUCGCGCCUUCUCAUUCUGGAACGGCUUCUGGAUUUCAUGUUUUGCCUCAAACCCAGAAGACUCCUCAGCUAAUGGUCCCGAAAGAGAAUCCAUAUACCCCAAGUUCUAAAAACCAGAAGCCGUCCCCUAGUGCUGUUCACAGUCAGCCAGGAUCCAGUCAGGGGUCACCCUGUGGGUUAGAUCAGGUUCCCAGUCCCCCAUCACUGAUCAUCGGCAGCAGUACAUUUCUGACUAAGACUGAGCACAAUCAGAGCCGGAGGACAACGCACAUAUCUGCAGAACAGAAGAGGCGGUCCAACAUAAACAUUGGCUUUAAGACGCUCUGCAAUCUGGUUCCCACGCUGAAGACACUAUCAAACGUCCCCAAUGCAACCACCCUGCAGAAAACAGUGGAGCACAUCAGUAAGCUCCAGCAGGAGAGGCAGCAGAUGCAGGAAGAGAUCAAGAAGCUACGGGAAGAAAUUGAAGAGCUCAAUACCUCCAUCAGCGCAUGUCAGGAGCAGCUGCCUGCAACAGGAGUUCCAAUGAGGCAGAAUCGCUUAGACCACAUGGAAGAGAGGUUUGACGAAUACGUGAAGAGCCACACUUUUCAGAACUGGAAGUUCUGGAUUUUUAGCAUCAUCAUCAAGCCUCUGUUUGAGUCAUUCAACAGCAUGGUGACGACGACGAGCAAGGCCAGGCUGUGCCAGACUACACUGCAGUGGUUGGAUUGUCACUGCUCUCUCCCAGUCCUCAGACCAAUGGUGCUGAGCAGACUUCGUCAUCUGAGCACGACCACCUCCAUUCUCAGCCACCCUCUGCGCCUUCCAGACGAGGCCAUCAAGGCUGUCACCGACACAGAUGCGUAGACUUAGAGGAACUAAGAAGACUUAGAGGAAAAACACUCCGAACAUUAAAAAAGAAAAAAAAUGGUAGUUUUCCAGUUUUCAAUGAGGUCCUUCUGGGAUUUUUUUUGGUCAAGAACUCAAACUUUAUUAUGCGUAAAAGAAAGUGAUGCAAUUGAUCUGCACUCCUACUGUGACCUGCUAAAGCUGAAGAUGCAUAAUUGGAAAUUGUUCCUCUGGUUUUACUGUUUUUGUAAAGCCACAUUAAUGAAUAGAAUGCUAUACUCUAAUGUAAAAACAGUGUUUAAAGGAGAAAAUGAAAACCAAAAAGAUUAGCAGUUGCCUAACGUGUUGUGGCUUUUGCAGAGCAGCAUGGAAAUCUUUUUUUUUUCCCUGGAAGGAUCUUAACUGGGACGUUGGUGAUCUUCUGAGAAGAGCUUCGGUCAUCACUAAACAAAUAUUCUUUUCUUGUUUGCUUUCUAGCCGUUCACUCAGGUGAAUAACACACUGUCACUUAACACCAGUGUUUCCUGGUGGUCUCCGUCCACACUGAACUCCUGCCUCUCUGCACAUCCGGCUUGUUUUUAGCAGGUCAAAAUGUAAAUUUAGCUUUUUCGAGGUUGCAUCAGGUAUAUUCAACACUUGGACUUGCACAAACGUUUGUUGCAGCAUGACAGAGUUUUUCUACUUCAACCCUUAUAGGGAGCAUAACUGACAGUUCAAAGGAUGACUAAAAAUGCAUAUAUGUACCAUAUUUAAAAAUACAAUGCUGUAGGAUCCAGUCUGCAGAAGGGGCUUUUUUCAUUCUUUAUCUCUCUCAGGGCUGCACUUUGAAAUAUUUUCAUCAGAACAAAUCAAGUCAGGAUUGUUUUUUGGUAUUAUUUAGAAGUUAGACAUUUGUCUAUAAAUGUACAGACUGAUUAGCUUUUGUUGUUGUUUUGCGGCUUUUUUUUUGUCUUGUUGACAAAAACGAGAGGGAAAGUACUAUUUGACAUAGAAGCCAUAUUUAAAAUAAAUUAAAAAAAAAGUUUGAGAGCAAAUUAAAAUUGCCAGGACUGGCAGGAGUUAGCCUUAUGGUCUAAGUGUCCUCACCCGUCACUGCAGACUAGAGUGGAUUUAUGUGUAUGUAAGUGUGUGGCUCUCACUACACUCCUCAGGCAAAUGUCAUGUUUUUGCAAAAUUGAGUUUACAGUAGCAAAAAGCACCAUUUUUAUUAAUGAAUGUGUAGUUUUGAGGUAGUUCAGACAAAAAACGUAAUCCCGAUAGACAUUCAACACUGUUAUAGUGUAUUUGAUGGCGCAACUUAAACAAGAACGUUCUCAUUGA